AUGGCUUCAGUCGACGCUGUGCCCAACGGCACAAACGGGGGCGCAAAUGGUUCUGGCAACAGCUCGGCUGAGUGGACGCCCAGUUCCUGGAGGUCCAAGCCCAUCAAGCAGUUCCCAGAGUAUCCAGAUCUGAAAGCCCUGAAGAAGGCGACCGGCGAAUUGGACCAUCUGCCUCCCAUUGUGCAUCCCUACGAGAUCAACAAGUUGAAGGAGAACCUGAAGGAAGUCGCUCAGGGCAAGGCAUUCCUGCUGCAAGGCGGUGACUGUGCCGAGCUCUUCUCCUACUGCCGCCAGGAUGCCAUUGAGUCCAAGCUCAAGCUUCUGCUGCAGAUGAGUCUUGUCCUCAUCCGCGGCACCAACAGAAAGGUCGUGAGAAUCGGCCGCAUGGCUGGCCAGUACGCCAAGCCGAGGUCGAGCCCCUUUGAGACGGUCAACGGCCAGCAGGUGCCCUCGUUCAGAGGUGACAUCCUCAACGGCUUCGAACUGGAGGACAGAGCCCUCGAUCCUCAGCGCCUGGUCAAGGCUUACAACUACUCUGCAGCAACACUUAACUACAUCCGGGCCGCCAUCUCAUCCGGCAUUGCCGACCUGCACCGGCCACUGAACUGGGAGCUCGGCCACGUCAAGGACUCGGAGCUCAAGGCCAAGUACUCCGAGACGGUCAAGUUCCUCCAGGAGUCGCUGCGCUUCAUGCGCACCAUCGGCGCCGACAAGAGCUCCCAGCUCGGAACUGUGGACGUCUUCACCAGCCACGAGGGCCUGCUGCUGGAGUACGAGGAGAGCCUCACGCGGCUGCUGGAGAAUCCCGUGUACGCGGCCGAGGGCCAGACGUCGCGCCGCGAGUACUACGACACGUCGGCGCACUUCAUCUGGAUCGGCGACCGCACGCGGCAGAUCGACCACGCCCAUGUCGAGUUCUUCCGCGGCAUCGCCAACCCCAUCGGCAUCAAGGUCGGCCCCACGACGCCCGUCUCGGACCUGCUGGAGCUGCUGCGCACGCUCAACCCGGACCGCGAGGUCGGCAAGAUCACGCUGAUCACGCGCUACGGCGCCGCCAAGGUGCGCGAGCUGCUGCCGGCGCACAUCCGCGCCGUCGAGGGCAGCGAGUACCGCGGCUGCGUCAUCUGGCAGUGCGACCCCAUGCACGGCAACACGCGGUCGACGGGGUCGGGCAUCAAGACGCGGCGCUUCGACGACAUCUUCACCGAGCUCCAGGAGACGCUCAAGGUCCACAAGGAGGAGGGCAGCUACCUCGGCGGCAUGCACCUCGAGCUGACGGGCGACGCCGUCACCGAGUGCAUGGGCGGCAGCCAGGGGCUCGACGAGGAGGACCUGUCGACCAACUACACCAGCUUCUGCGACCCCCGCCUCAACGAGAAGCAAGCCCUGGAGAUGGCCUUCCUUGUCGCUGACCACUACAUUCAGGAGCGAGAAGACGCCAAGCCUUGA